AGUUUGCGGCAAAGUAGUAGUGAAAAAUAUCAAUUGUAAUCAAACUUACUCUUUCUGACAUAUUGUUGUGUUAUGUAUGUGUAGGUGUUGACUAUGACUUUUAAAUGCUGUUCAAAUGUCGACGGUAAUUAAUACACCAAAUGAGCGAACGAAUUGGCAAAACCACUAGAAGAUAAUUGGGUGUCAGCAAGCUUGGCAUGGAUGAUCAUUACGAACGUUCUAAAAGAUCCAAUCAAGGAGUGAAGCAAUCAACAGAUCUUUCAGCUUACCUAGAAUUUUUGUUUCCAAAUGAACGGAGCAGAUCAGAGACUCUGAGCCGAGCAAGUGAAAUCACAGCGUGACGCGCCUUUUGAGCUGUGUGCCAAGCUGGUCAUCAGAGUAUCCCCGCUCUCUUCCCUCCAGCACUACAACCCCUACACUUCGAAUGUCAGAACAGCAGCCAAAUGCCGCUCAGCGCUACAAGGCGCAUCAUACAUAUGAAGCCCAAAGAGAUGACGAGCUCACUUUGAUGAAAGGCGACAUUGUUAACGUUACCGACCUUUCUGACCCUGACUGGUGGGUUGGCGAGACUGCCAACGGCAAGUCUGGUUAUUUCCCCAGCAACUUUGUUGAUCCUGUCAGUGAUAGCCAAGAACAAAAUAAUAGUGAGGAUGCUACUGAAGGAGCUUCUGAAGAACCAGCAGCUGCUAAGGAAGAGACCGGUACCACUGAAGAAGCGGGGCAUGACCAGAAGGAGACUCCGCAAGUCCGAGUUAUAGGAUUGGCUCGAGUAAUGGAAGACUAUGCUAUGCAAGAACCAGGCGAGAUCACUCUCCACAAAGGUGUCAUUGUGAAUGUUUUGGAAGACAAUGGUGAAUACAUGAAGGGUGAAGUCAACGGAAAGGUUGGUACGUUCCCUUCCAAGUACGUCGAAUUUAAUGAGAUCCCUGGUCAACCAGAAUUUGGUCGACCAUCCUCAAUGAGCCAGUCGGUUGAAGAACCCGACACUGAGAGUAGACCCAAGUCUGGAUUCAGACUUGCAGCAUAUGGUGUGAAGCAAGGCGGAAUCGGAAGCUUGUUGGCUGGUGGCAUUCCUGUUUUGAGACCAAGCGGUGCCAAGAAGACACAAAGCCAAGAUUCUAUUUCUAAACAAGAAGCACAAGUGUCAAAACCUCCUCCAGCUACUCCAAAGUCGCCUGCUGAAAAUGCAUCACCUAGCAUCCCAGAGGUUAGCAGCCCACAGUCCAUUGGUUCUUCGACACCUGCUACUCCUCCGGCUCGUAGCGAACCCACUUCGGCCCCGGUUGCCAAAGGCAUCAAAGGAAUUGUAACCCAUCACUAUGAUCCAGACCAAGAAGACGAGCUAACUCUAAUGAAAGGAGAGUACGUCACCAUUUUGGAACGUGAAUCAGACGAUGGAUGGUGGAAGGGUGUCAACGAACGUGGCGAAAUAGGCGUAUUCCCUUCCAACUUUGUGAAGGAGAUUACCGAAGAAACUCCUCCCCCUCCCCCUACGAGAACCUCAAAGCGCAUGUCAUCUAGCACUGAGAGCGCACAAAAGUCUCCUGUUGUUGGAAGUGCUCGUCCACCACUUGCGCGCCCUCCUUCAAUUCCAGGUGGUUCCCGUCCAUCCUCAUAUGCCUCCAUGGGCAACAGACCAUCCUCCAUUUCUGAAAACGCACCUCUUAGCUCACCUCCUCCUCUACCAAGCUCACCAUCUCCAGCACGCACCUUUUCGAUGACUUCGAAUACAUCUGCUCGCUCUCAAGGAUCGCCUAUCGUUAGUCAAACAAAAUCUGGAGAGGCUAACACUGCACCAUUUGACGCUGAGCCCGAAGAUAUCAAAUCGCCUUCUGCCAUUCAGCCUAUCGGCGCACCGGUUGCAGAAACGGACUUUUCAGAUGUUGCAUCCGAUGUACCAAGUUCUAUGGCCGUUGAAGUCUCGUCGUCUGUGGCAGAAGAGCCCAUUGAUGAACCUGAGGAAGACAGCACCGAGUCCAACGAAAAGAUCGAACCGGAAGCUCAGUCAGAACCUGCCCCAGUAGUUGAAGAAGAGCUUGCCCCUACUCCAGCACAACCAGAAGAAGUUGAACCCGUCGUGGAAGGAGAGGCUAAAACAGAAGUGGAAGCAGAACAACCCGUUGAAGACGUUGCUCCCGCAGUUGUUGAGAGUGAGAAGCAACCUGAAAAUGCUGAAGUCGCGGAAGUGGCUACAGAAAACGACGUUGUGGAAGAGCAUAAGGAAGAAGAAGAUACCAAAUUGGCAGAGCCCAUUAAGGAUGAUGUUGCUACGGCUGAAGCUGCUGAAGAGGAACCAUCUGCUCCUGUUGAGCCAGAGGAAGUAAAACCUGACUUCGAUUCUAUCACAAGUGGACCGAAGCUUGCUGGCCCUAACCGAGCGAGACCCUCACGCAGCCGACGACCCCAAGAGAGCAAGCCUAGUGAACCCAGUCAAACAGCACUGUUGGAGGAAGAGGUUGCCAAGCAACCUGAGGAGAAGGCGCCUGUCGAAGAAAAAGCAGCACCUGCUCCACCUGCCAAACCCAUCAAGCCUAUUUUCCAAAAAUUCCCAACACCUUUCGCUGGUGCAGACGCUAGUGCGCGCACACUAAAGCCAGUUCAGCGUCGAAUGUGGGAGCCCGCAGAAGCAACUCAAGAGAGCAGCAGCUCAGAGAAAAAGGCUGAAGAGAAGAAAGAAGAACCCGCACGCGGCGUUAAGAACAUUAGCUCUCGGUUCAACUUUGCCGGUGUGCCUUCUGGUGGCGGCAAUGAAGUUUUGGAAACAAAGUUGAGAAAUCAUACCAAGAAUGAAGUCGAGAAGGCUCGCAAAGAUCUUGAGCGUCAGCUCAGUGAGGAACGCGAGGAACGUAAGCGUUUGGAGGAGAAGGUGGCUGAUUUGUCCGCCAAACUUGAAGCGCUUAUGGCGCAAAUUGGUGAACAGUAGAUGGAAUCUAAGUUCUAACAAUGAUCUGUCUAUACCACCCACCAUUUUUUUUCCCUUCUUCUCGCACAGUCGGCGUCAUUGAUUCGGCUAAUAUAUUUAUCUUUUGUCUUACAUGUAUCUGGUGAAGGGUUUGAUUUGAUUGUAC